AUGGGAAACGAGCCGUCAGCUCCCAAAGAGCGAACCAGGGUAAACUUAUACCUGAACCUAGAUGACUUUAACAUGGAAAAGCAGCAUUUAGCUCUCUUUAAAUUUAGUAUUUUUGUUCAUAUUUAAACAGUUAUUAUAAUAUAUCCUGAGCUAAGGAGCUAACAAGAACUCAAACUUCUGUGUCAUCUAUUUGUAGAGUUUGAAAAAAUCUGAAAGACAUGAGAAUGGAUCAGCGCAUGGACUUUCAGCAAACAUCACAUCUAAUGGAUUACAGGUUGACGGUGAGUCACAUCCUUAAAACUUCUUUUCUUAUGGAUAAAAAAAUGUUAGAAAGAUUUCAUUAACAAAAAUUCAUGUAAAAAUGUGGCGAUAAGCAAAUGUUGGCUUAGUGGUGGUAUCUAAGACAAGCGAUUCAAAGGACUUUAGUAGGUUUAUCAUAUAGUGUUGGAUACCUGAAGGAAAAGUGUUGAACAUGUCAGCUGAGACAGGCUAAAUCAGCUGAUCGCCCCAUGUUUUAUCAACCCUUUAGUUUUUUAAUGCUCUGUAAACAUCGUGACUCCCAGCUGGACUAUGUCUUGAGUCUCCUAAAGUAAACUCUAGGCGUAGCCUCUGACAAUUAACAAGGAGCCAGUAUUUGAACUGUCACGGUGUGGUUUUAGUACCUGAAGUGACAGGAAGAUUCCCACUGAUGCUCGAGUUUGUAUAGAAGUGUUGACACUAGAGAUAAAGGUAAUGUCACUUCCAUGUUUACCUCAUGGGAUACUGCACAAGCAUUAUACAUGCAUGACCUAAAUGCUUAACGUAAAGAGACAAACACACAAACUAGCAUCAGUGUGUUUCGACUUCUUUUGUCAUAUAUAUUAUAAAAAAUGUCGAGACACCAGUAUUAAGGAAUUCACAACUGAUGAAAAGUCUUAAUUAAUAACUUAAUGACAAUAUUAAGAACAUCCCGACGUUUACCAAUUUAGAGAUACCGUACAAUGUGCUGUUUGGCAACAGUUGAUUGGAAGCAACUUUUUUUGUUCAUGUUUUAACCAGAAAUGUUUUUAGUUAAAGGUGAUACACCUGUCCAGCAAAAUGGCGGGCCUCCAUCUGAACAAACUCAAGGUAUCCUGGAAACUGUGAUCGACAAGAAGGAUGAGGUCAUUGAAACCGUGAUCAACAAGAAGGACGAUGUCCUGGAAACCGUGAACAAGACGGGUGAGGUCGUGCAAACGGUGAACAACAAGAAGGACGAGGUUCUUGAUACCGUGAACAAAAAGAAGGACGAGGUCCUGGAAACCGUGAACAACUUAACAGGGGAUGUCCUGGAGACCGUGAACAACAAGAAGGACGAGGUCCUGGACACAGUGAAUGAGAAGAAAGAUCAGGUCCUGGAAAACCUGAACGUGAAGAAGGAAGAGGAGAAGAAACCCAAAAUCAGUCUGUUUGGCAACAUGUUCAAAAAGAAGGCCGAGCCUCCUGCCAAAGAGACCAAGAAUGAAGACCAAACAGAUCAGACAGCUUCAGGGGAAAGUCCUGCCGCUGAUCCAGAACCUGUGAGUGCACUUUUCAUGAUGGCUUUUGAUACUCAAUAUUUUUCUUUCAGUCAACAAAUCCCAUGAAAAAGACAAGGAAAUAAACUCCAAAACAAUCCAAGUUAUCGUUGGACUUAUGCCAGGCUUUUAUAUAUCUGCAUAUAUCGUAAACAUAAAGGUCCACUGUUGUUUGAAAAACGGUGAUAAGAAGGUUCAGAGGCACUGAGAAAAGUGCUGCUGCAUCAUUUAUUUGUAUUUUUUUCAUGGGAUUUGUCAACAACUUAGAAAAAUGGUCAAUCUAUAAUAAUCUUUCCAAAUAUCUAAAAACAACCUGCCUGCCAAACUGCCUGAAAUCACUAACAUUUCAUAAAACUUUCCUUUAUACUAACAAUUAAUUCAGCAGAUAAAUCAUGAUAAAAAUAUGACAAAAUUCUAAAGAAGACUAACGUUUUAACCAAGAGCCAAUAACGUCAUCGAGAGAUCAAAAAUUAACAACCAUCAGAUGCGUGUAAUGCGUAUGAACACAACAGCCUCACAUUAAAUAAACCAUCAUUUAAAAAGUUCGCUGUUAUUUUUGUUGGACGGUUCAAAGACAUGUACUUGUUUGUAAAAAUCCAAUGGAUCCUGGUGGCCAUGUUCUUGUGAUGUUACGCCUAGGGUGCGAAGUUUAAUUGUUGCUAUCAUGACAAACAGCUGUAUUUCAGGUUUUAAGGUACAUAAAUGAAACAUCUAACAAUCUCUUAUUUUUUCACGCUUCUCGAUUAAGUAACAUUAUUGUUAGCACUACCCAAGUAGUCAACUCAAACUUGUUAUUUUGCUUGUGUGUAAACAUUAACUAAAAAGUGGUCAAAUGCUAACAUUAGCUCUGAUCUGACAGUAACUAAGCUACAUUCUCAACUCAAAAUUUGGCCCAAUGCCUUGCAAAGUUUUUUAAGUAUCUUUUCAUCUGGGAAAUAGUGAAAUUAAGAUGAUAAUAUGCCUCAAAAACUGGAAUGCAGCUACUACAAGGCUUCCUACCCUGAGAAUGACAUCGCUAACAUGGCUGCUUUGGGAAUAUGGUCUAUAAGAUAACUAGAAAUAACCCAUAGGACUGUUGUGCUUCAUGGCAUUACACCGAAGCAACAUUGUUUUAAAGUGAUCAAGCGCAUGGUUGUCAAUGUGUCCCACAGACAAAACAAAAAAGUGUUUUAUUUUAACGUUAAUGUUGAUUCUCACGAUUAAGGAGUCGAGCUCAAGUGGACGACGAGCUGCCGCCAAAAUCGUCGCAUGUUUCAGAGAAGAAUUUGUAUAUCUACAUCUGAGAAAUGAAGUAUCAACCCAAACGGAUGGAAGAAUAUUGGUGCAUACUUCAACACAAACUGGUUAUGAUACAAUCGCCAAUGUUGCUGGACCAGUGGAAGAGGUGAUGGACACAACAGCAGCUGAGGAAAACUUUCUGAAUGAUUCUGUCGUUGUCAUCGGUGAAGAGGCCAUUGACUUGACAGCAAACCCAGAUCCUGUGGUUCCUGGGAUCAGCUUUGAAGAAGUGGUCAUCAUGGAGGACAGUGUGUACGAGAAUAUAGUCUUCGAGGCUGAGCAGGUUGAAUUGGCAGAAUCGGUUCUUGAAGGUGAAACAGCCAAAGAGCAGAAAACUCUAUCGUUUAAAAUCACUCCAAGCCCUUCCACAGCAGAAUGCAAUAAAGCAGUUUUCUCUGCUGGUUGCGAAUCCACUUACUUUGUUGCUGUUGACCUGCCAAACACAACUGUACACAAAGGUAAUGGUAUAAGGGCUGAAGAUAUAGCUGCCACUUCCUUGGGAGCAAAAUGGGUUUCUCCCCUAAAAGAAGAACCAGGAACUUUAAAGAUGGAACCAAUUUUGGGGGAUGCUUGUCCAAACCAGCUACAACCAGUAGAACUUUGUUUACCUCCUGUAACAGAAAUUAGAGUAAAGGCGGGGUCUGUCUACAAAGAGGUUUCUGCUGAUUACGAUGCCAUUUCACUUGGUGAUAAACCAGGAACAAGUGAACAACAGAAUCCUAACCCUGUGAGUUAUGAUGAGCCACUGCAGAAGACUUAUCAUUGCCCUGAAGAAAACAUCAUCGUUGUGGCUCCUCAGAAUGGGCUCAUCACCAUUGAGGAACUUCCUGAAGAUAUUUAUAACUCUCCUGAUGCUGAAGACAAGCCUGGGCUUUUUUCUGACGUUGUUUCUGUCGACAAAUACGCAGAGGUUUGUAAAGAUCAGGUAGCUGAUUUGGAAACACAGACUGUUGAAGAAGCAGAACCCAGUGGUGUCAUUGUCACAGAUGUUGCUGAGCUGGUACCACUUGCUGCAAUUGAUGCCCUUGCUCUUGAUUUUUCAACCAUCGCCAUCACUUCUCAGGAGUCUGAAGUCAACUAUAGCAUCCUCAUGACAGAAGAGGUAAUUGUUGCAACAACUUAUGUCCCCCUUUUUGGAGAGGAAGUUGCAGGCCGCACCCCACAAGAUGAGCAAUAUGAGGUAGUCACCAAGGAGACAAGUGAAGAGGCAACAGAGGCUUUAUCAACUGGGAUUGAAGCAAUGCCACCAAGUACUGAAGUGGUCACCACCCUGCAGAUUGAAAGCAUAUCGACAUCCAAACAAAUCUACACCAUCUCAGAGGAAGCGAAUCCAAGCCCUUGUGGAGAUGACAUCGGGGUGUUUGAGGACAUACCCACAGCAGCUGUUGGAGCUGUGUCAGACAGGCUUCAAGUGACAGAAAAGAUAGCCGAGGAACCUGCAGUAGAUAAACCAUUGAUUGAUAACACAGAAGAACUAAAGCUUUGUGUGUCAGUCCCAGAGGCACUCGUAAAGGGGACUGACACACAAGGGCAAGUGCUGAUGAAAGAUGCCAGUAAGGAAACAGCUGGUCCAUCCUUGGCUACUGUGGAAGGUAUUGUGCCAACUGAUUCAAAUCUGUCAAGGCCAAAUAAGGUCAACCUUCUUGGACAGCAACCAAAAUCAGCAGGGCUCAUGGUUAAAUUUGAGAACAAACUAAAAUCCGUUGCCCACUCAUUCUCAGAGAAAUUUCAAGCAGCAGAAAACAUAUUUGAGGGGCAUGUACUCAAGCAAGCAAAUGCACCACUAACACGUGGCACGCAGGACUCUGAUUCUUGUAUGUCAGUUCAACAAGGACUCGUAGAAGAGAACUACAUUCUUGUUGGAGAACAUCCGGAAGAAGAUGAUCAAGAAGCAGCUCCAUCAUUUGAGGUUGCGGAGGAAUGCAGUGAGGAGAGUGUUUUAAACCCUGGUGUUUCUGCAGGACAUACAGAGUGCAGUGCAGGCCUUCUUGCACAACAACCAGUGAUGGAAGAGCUGGUGGUUAGGUAUGAAAACACAACAGAAUCAGUGAUUGACGCUGCACUGGAGAAGCUUGAACUUAUUGUAGUUGAAGAACCCACAGAAGAUCAAGCAAGUACACCCCAGAUGACUGCAAUGGAGGAAUCUGAACCAAAUGAUUCAGUGCAAGUAAGACUUGUAGAGGAGAGCAUUACCUCAUUUGGAGAUGUUAAUAAAGAAACAGUCAUUCCAAAUGCAGAUGAAGUAGAAAAGUCAACCGAUUCAAUUGUAAUUCCUGAAGAACCUAUGGUGUACAGCGGAAACCAUUAUAGGCAACAAACAGAACCUGGCGAGUUGGAGGACACUCUAGCAGUAGUCAACAUGGCUUUUCCAGCAAAACUCAGAGCUACUGAAAACGUAGUUGAGGCACCCGUGGCUGAUGAAACCAGUGUGCCACAGGAAACCAUGGAGGAGUUGAAGCUCUGUGCUUUGGCCAGUGGAGGACUUGGAGAAGAAAACAUCACCCAAGUUCGAGUGCUUUCUGAAAAUGCUGACACAGAACGUGCCACUCAAUUUGUUCCAGUAAAAUGUAUUGAAACUGAUUUCUAUCCUGUCAUUCCCAAGAAGCCUGUGGUUAACAGUGCACCUCUUCCUGAAAUACAACCAAGACAUAAAGUACUUGUAAUACGGUCUGAAAAUCUACCAGCACCAAUUGUUAAAACUUUUUCAGAAAAGCUUGAAUUCAAUGAACACACAGAAGGGGAAUCUGCAGAUGAUCCAGUACCUGUGUCCCACAUGGAGGCCAGUGAAGCAUUUGACUCAUGUGCUACAAUCCAGGAGAGAUUGCUUGAGGAGAAUGUAGCCUCACUUGAAACACUUCUGAAAGAGGCUUGCGAAGAAACAGCUCCUCCAUCUCUGCCCCUUUGUGAAUGCACUGAACCCAUUGAUUCAAAUCCAGUCAUUUCUGAGGAAUCUGCUGAAGAGAGUUUAAACCUUCUUGAGCAACAACCAGCAACCAUAUGGCUCAUGGUAAAGCCUGAGAACACACUGGAAUCACUCAAAGAAGCCAUCUCAGAGAAGUCUGAAGUCAUGGAAGGCACUCUUUUGGAGCCUGUCCUCGAGCAAGCAGAUGCGCCCCAGGUGGAUGCCAUUGAAGAGCUUGAGCCUCGUGUCUCAGUCGAAGAAGAUUUAAUAGAGGAGAUGGCCAUACCAGUUGAGGUGCCCUUAGAAGAUGCACUUAAAGAACCAGUUGUCCCAUCUUUUGUUGUAGUAAAAUACACUGAACUAACCGAUUCAAAUUCUGCCAUCUCUACAGAGUCUGCGGGGCAGAGUGCAACCCUUCUAGAGCAACAACCAAAACCAGAAGAGCUCACUGUUGAUUUUGAGAACAAUCAAGAACUAAAUGUUGGCGUUACAGAACUUGUAGUGACCUCUGAGGAGAACUUGAGCCAUCAUGAGGAACAACUUAAACCCGAGAGGCUCAUGGUGACCCUUAUGACGACUGAUAACAGCUCCCAAGUGGCAACUUUAGAUGGGCUUGCGUCAGAGUGUGUUGAUGCUGUUUGUGAAACUGCUGAAGAAACUGUUAAUGUUGCAACUGGAUGUGACUUUAUCACCACGGUUAAUUUUGAGAACAAUCAAGAACUAAAUGUUGGCGUUACAGAACAUGUAGUGACCUCUGAGGAGAACUUGAGCCAUCAUGUGGAACAACUAAAACCAAAAAGGCUCACGGUGACCCUUGUGAAGACUGAUAACAGCUCCCGAGUGGCAACUUUAGAUGGGUUUGUGUCACAGUGUGUUAAUGCCGUUUGUAAAACUACUGAACAAACUGUUAAUGUUGCAACUGGAUGUGAACUUAUGACCACGUUUGAUUUUGAGAACAAUCAAAAACUAGAUGUUGGAGUUACAGAACUUGAAGUGACCUCUGAGGAGAACUUGAGCCAUCAUGAGGAACAACUUAAACCAGAGAGGCUCAUGGUGACCCUUAUGACGACUGCUAACAGCUCCCGAGUGGCAACUUUAGAUGGGUUUGUGUCAGAGUGUGUUGAUACCGUUUGUGAAACUACUAAAGAACCUGUUAAUGUUGCAACUGGAUGUGACCUUAUGACCACGGUUGAUUUUGAGAAAAAUCAAAAACUAGAUGUUGGAGUUACAGAACUUGAAGUGACCUCUGAGAAGAACUUGAGCCAUCAUGCGGAACAACUUAAACCAGAGAGGCUCACCGUGACCCUAAUGACGACUGCUAACAGCUCCCAAGUGGCAACUUUAGAUGGGUUUGUGUCAGAGUGUGUUGAUCCCGUUUGCGAAACUACUGAUCAAACUGUUACCGAUAAUGUUGCAACUGAAUGUGACCUUAUGACCUCAGAGGAGGUAUCUCGAGUGAUCACUGCAGAAGGACCGGCUGAAAUGAACUCCACAGAUUUAAUGUUGGAUUCACAAAGUGCAGAGACUAUUGAUGACAACGUGACCGCGAGUCCAGCCGUGGAAGAGUUACUUGUUUGUCUGCAGUCGGCUUGUACAUCAGUUGUUGCUGAAUCAGAGUACGGGCUUGAUGGUGUGGAGGUAUCCUCACUGGGGUACAAUAUUACCAUUGUUAUUCACAUAGCUCCAGAUGAAGAACAGUAAAAUACUUGAAUUGUUUUGCACAACGCUUUACCAAACGCUCUACCUCUUUUGAGUAUUGUGUGCUAUAUAUUGUAAUUUGUAAUAUAAUGUGUUUUUAUGAUGAAGUGAAUUGCAUAUGUUUUUAUUUAUGAUUGACAUAAAAUUAAAAUGGUAAAGAACUAAAAUUUUUCCAUUAAAAUCGAAGAUAAAACUUGGAAAAAGUCUCCUUCAUUCAUGACUUGCUCAAUUUGUGCUUUCAAAACACACUUAAUGGUUUCACGGCUGAUUAUUGAGGCCAAUAUUCAGCAUUUGGUUGAUUAUCUGAACGCAAAAGACAGUGAAACUUGCUCAAUUUGUUUCUAGUUUCUAAUUCACACUGUAAAUUAGCAUUAGUUCCAAAUAUCUGUUAUUUGUCGUAUAGUAUACUACUAAUAAUAAUAAGUAUUGUAUUGGCACUGAAAACCCAAUCAGUCAAUCCCUUGUAGAAGCGCAACACUUGGUUAAAAUGAAAAAAAAAAAGACUUUUAUCUGACGAAGCCAAAGACAAAUCAGAACAAAGAGAUUCAUUGAAAACUAUUUUGAAAUCAGGGUUGGUGUAUUUUCUUUUUUAACACACUGGACCCAAAGACACAGCAAGGUAUUUGAUAUUCCUCACAUUUCUGAGGGCAUAACUCUCACACAUUGUUGAAUAUCAAUGAGUGAGGGGUGGGACAGAGACAUUAAUAAAAGGCUGAUUGUUGACAAAGCCCCGAGUAGGCAGAGGCAUGGUUGGAAUUGCGCUCCCAUCUCAAUGCUGCGAUUAAGACACUCACUGCUUGCAUAUCAGCGCCGCUGCUCUAACAUAAUUCUGAAAAGGCUAAUUCUCUGUGAUGGUGUAUAGGAGCAAGCUAAGGUAGAGCAAGAACCAGAGCCAGAACCAGUACCGGAGCCAGAGAGUGUGAUUCCAGAGCCGGGUCCAGAGGAAACUCCUGAACCUGAACCUGAGGACAGUCAGCCUGAGGAAAGUGAAGAGGAGAGUAUCCCAGGAGAGAAAGCAGUUAUGAGCUUCUUCAAAACACUAGUAAGUGACAUGAUUCUGCAUUCAAGCAGGGACUCUAUGCACUUGGUAGUUUUCACUGCUGCUCUUGUUUGAUUAAAUUAACUCAAAUACCACUUUGCAAUUUCCAGAACAUACUGGAGGCAACCAGCUGCCACUUUGACAAAAAAAAGGGUUAAAAUGUGAUUUUUUUAUUGCUUAGAGCCAAGAAUUGUGGUAAUAUAUAAACAAAAUAACUGAUAAGUGAGCAUAUAUCCUAAGGUGGGCAUCUGAUAUGAGAAUUUCUGAAUUAUUUGUAUGCUCCUUUUAAUUCUAUGUUGAAUUAUGUAUCUAAAAAGGGAGUUUCAUGGUAGUUAAGGUAUCCAUAACUAAAAUCUGCCAUGAUGACACAGCCUGAUGGAAAACGUACAACAAGCAGCUAUUGUAUUUCCUCUUCAUCGUGCUGUCUUUUGGACUCACGCCGUUUUAAAGAGUUACCAUUGCCCUUGCCCCAUGCUAAUCAAGUCUUUGAACAUGCGGGAAUGUGGUGGCCUAUUGUUCAACCCAUAGUGUGAGCUCACAAGGGAGGCCUGUGCUGUUGGAAGUUGAGAUUCGUGAAGAUAGAGCGAGGGCAGGCCUACGCCAUCUCCGGAGCACAAUGGCUGUCACAAUGACAGCGCAUGUACUGUAUGUGCUCUGUCAGGGACCUCAGUGUGCACUCUGUGGGCCUCAGUUAGUGUAUCAUAAAGGCCUAUGUCUGCAUUUAUGAAAGGCUUAAUUAUUUUACUGUUCUUUUCACACCAACUGUACAGUCUGAAUGUUUUAUCGCUGCAGCUUCACUGCCGUGCGAAUGAAAUGAAACAUCAUGAGCAACACUGGAGGAGGUGUUUUUGUUUCUGUGUUCAAGUUACUAAAGACAGUUUAUUUUCCUUCCCUUGCCGCACAGGUGACUCCCACUAAACCAACCAAAAAGGAAGCAGCCGCUCCUGCCGCAAAAGAGCAGGUGACCUUAUCUAAGCUUUUACUGUCGCAUUUCACAACUCAAAAACCUGUUAAAUGAGUUUCAUACUGCAACCGUGGGUUAAUUUACAAAUGUGUGAUUGUGCUGUUUGAUCUGCUUUCAAUAAUCAUCUUGAAAUAGUGUUUAUUUUGCUUCGUAUGGCAUCACAAGUGAACUGACUAUUUUAAGCGGAUUGCUUGCAUACAUUUUUGCUGCUGGUUGAAUGAUGGAUUUGCCUCGGCAUUUAAAACUCAUGAGUACAAGCUUUCUUCUGAAAUUAGUUUUUGCUUUAUUUGAUUUUUUAUUUCUCUAACUGCUUCUUAUUUCUGUUGCCAAAUAGUCCCAGAAGGAGAGCCAACCAGAACCAACCACUACUGUGAGCACAUCAUCUCUAAUACCACUCCAUUUUCUAUCCGUGCCUUUUAUUUCUGCUUAAACCUAACUAUAGUUUUUGUUGUGCAUUUGUAAAGCUCCUGUGAGUGUUUUUUUAGCUUGUGUCAAGUUUGGGGCCCCCUGUGGACAAAGCAGACUAAGAAAGUUAAAUGUUUUUUUUUCCUAAGCAAGACAUUGUUUUAACACAGUUCUGUCUGCAUAGGUCGCACAAGUAUCCGAACCGCCUGCAGCACCCAAAGGAAUGUCUAUCCCACCACCGCCCCCUCCAGAGCCACCAAAAGUGGAAAUCAUAGCAGAACCAAAAUUGGAACCAAAAGCUGCAGCGAAAGAACCAGAGUCCUCGAAAGGAAAAUCCUCUCCGAUUUCUUUUGGCAAAUUCUUCCGUCAAAAGGUAAAGAAACUGCAAAUGAGAGGAGUUAGCUGAUGCAUUAUUACUCCGUGGAUGGGUUUGUGAAGUAGUGUGAAACAUGCUGUAUGUGAAUUUGAGGUACGGCUAGGUGUCAAGGCAUCAAAAGGCAAGGGGGGUUCAAGUGGAGCCAAUGCCUCGGCCAAGCCUGCAGCAGGGGUACGGUAGAUUAUCGUGUUCUCAGACUGACUGCAACGCUCAUCCCGCUACUAACUGAACAAAAGCUGUUCGUCUGAAGGUGGCAGAAACUGAAAAUGUGUCGUUUCCAAAUGAAACAGCACUUCUGUUUGCCUGAAAAGUCAGAUAGAGGCGGUAACAAUGCCGCAUCCAAGCUGACCAUGUUCCAGUCGCCUCCUGUCGUUGUUAGUUUGCACACAGUAGCUGCAUAUCCACACAUAGUGCUUUCACAACACAAUCAACCUCAUAAACCAGCGCGGUUGAUUUAUCCACCCAAAAAACACACAGUUGCUCACAAACACAAAUAAAAACAAGUUUUCUUACUGUUGAUGUAGGGAGCAGCCAUCUUGGAUUUCCAAGUUAGAAUCUUGACUCCUGAACCCUGAUGACAUGUCCGACCAGCAUCUUGAUUUCUGACCCCCAAGAUUAGAUGGAUGAACCAGUUUGGACAAAACACUUCCCUAGAAAAGAAAUGAAACACAAGGGUUAGCACCACGUUCCAAACAUAGUUAGCCUAGCUUAGCAUGGAUAACAUAAAUAGGGUAAAAUGGUUGGCCUUGUGAGUGCCUAAACCAGUACAGCUCACCCUAAACACAGAUGUUAAGCCUGUUCACUGUCUCAACCAGUGUGGGUUGUGCUUCAGUUACUCAGUGUGGGUUCUAAGUAACUGAAGCUCGCCAUCAUCACACGGUCACAGCUGUUUCUGCAAACUUUCAGCCUUCAUACCGAGCUAAGCUAACUAAACUAGCUAACAGCUUCUUUCAUAGGCUCUGUACUCAGCUCACAGGUUUUAAAAAAGGCACUUAAAUUGUCAUUUUACUUUUAUCAAGCAGCCGUUUCAUUGCCAUGCUAACAUUUUCUCCUCCUCCUCAGGGAUUUUCCUCUUUGUUCUUUUUGCUUUUACUAACAUAAAUAAUCCCUUCACUACCCUGCAGGCAUUCAUCAAAUCAGAGCCAUCUGUAGAGGAACAGGUAAACAAGAGAAUAUACUCUAACAUCUCAGCUGUUUUGUAACUGUAUGAAUCUUCACAUGCCAUUUCAGUUUGCAUCUCUUUAAAGUUCAAUAAAAGUAGUUUUUGCUCUGCAGGACACACCUGUGGUAGUUUAACAGCCAGCUGUAGAAGUCUAUGUUAACUUUGGAGCAUGCUCAGUUUUAUAUUAGUGUAUUUAAAGCUCCAGUGGGGAACUUCUGAUUUAUUCUGGCGCCCCCCUGUGGACAAAGUGACAAGUCAGUCUCUGCUGAUCUUGCCAUGAAAAAUAUCUCAUCUUUAUUUUUAAUGCCAAAUGAGUAAAUAUGAGGUCCAGUCCUCUCGUUUGACACCUACUCCCUCACUGCAAUUAAAAGGCAUUCAAAAUAACAGCAUGAAAAUUCCUCACAGUAGCUUUAAAUGCAGCUUUAAUGCAGAUAUGAAGGUUGCAGCACCUUUACAUCUUCUUUCUCCUCUAAUCAGAAUAAAAAACAUAGUUUUUGCUCUGCAGGAGACCCAAAAGGAGGAACCUUUGCCCCCUGUAGAAGUGGAGGUAAAUCAGCAGAGCUCUGAAUCUGGGUUUAUUUUCCUUUUUAGGGAGCGGAAUAAUCCUCUCAUCCUGUUUCAUAAACCCAAUAUGUUCUAAUGUCUGAUCAAUUUGCAUCUGCUCAGAUUGAAAUUAUUGAAACUCCUGAGGCGCCAGAGAAGCCGAGUGUAGAGGAGCAGGUAAAUCAGCAGGAGGUGCUGGGGAAUAUUAAUCCUCCAUUUCUUCUCUCUCCAGGCACCUCUGACAUGAUGUUGAACAAGAUGAACCAAAUAUUGUGUUGAACCAACAUAAUCUUUCAUUCAUUAGCGUUAGGAAACAUGAAAUUGGCAAAAAUCUAACAAUGUUUUGAUUAAUAAGCGGAUUCAUUUGUUCCAUCAUGACAGAUGUGUCAGCUCAUGAUUUAUUGCCUUUUUCAAGCUCUUGAAUAGACGAGGAAACAAAUAAUUUUCUCCCCUGCAGACGGUUGGAGGCGUAGAGGUAGAGCUACCAGCGGUAGAGGUCGAGGUAAAUUAAAGGACGACCACAUUUUGGGAAAAUGAAGUUAUCUCUCCCACUUUUCUUGCUGAUACUUGGAUUACAAAAUAGAAAUGCUUGUAUGAAUAUCUGCAUAUUAUCUGGGAACUCAUAUUCUACAAAGCAUAAAACUACAGCUUAUGGUUUAACUUUCCACUUUGGCUCUGUGCGCUCGUUUACAGCUUACACCAUCAAAAAUAUGUGUUUGUUUGGAGGCGCUGGACGGUGCGUUAGGUAAAUCAGUAAAACAGCAGCUUUGAUGAUCUUUGGAUGCCAGAAUGAAACACAAAAGUUGUCUAAAUAAACCAGAAACAUGCCUCAUAGAGAACAAAAACCCUACCUGAACCCUGAACCAUUAAAACUGCAGAAAAAGGGACUACUCAUCCUCACUCUGCAUUUGCAGCGUUUUUCUAUUUACAAGCUAAUCAGUAAAUCAAACAUCUUUUAAAGUCUAAACCAAAUCUGUGAACAUAUUUUAUCCAAUCAGACGUUGCACUUCUGCUUAAAUUGACCAAUCAGAGGCCAAACCGGCAUUAGCGUCUAAUCAGAUCAAGCAUUUACCCUUAAAAAUGUUUAAUAAAUCACAUUUAAGGAGCUUCAGCCGUGAUAUUUUCCUUUUUUAAUGACUAUCAAGACAAAAAUCUUUUACCAAUGAGGACCAUCUCCUUAAAAGCUGGGUGCUGAUCCUCAUCCGCAACCGAAAGAGUUUGAAUACAGUCACUUACAACAACAAAGAGUAAAUCCAAAGAAACAACCUGAGUGAAAACAUCUUUUUCCACCAUAGGAGUGCUUUGAAAAUUUUUGCAUGUUGCUAAAUGAGCACAUUUCCCUGAAUGUCCACAUAUUGCUUUGUUAUUUUCAAUGGAGCAACAUUGGAGAUAACGCCUAUCCUUUUUUGCAGACAGUAACAUUCUUUGCUUUUGUGCAUGACGGCGCGGGUGCCUUCAUGCUUAAGGGACUUUUUCCUAUCAGGUUUGUCAACCUCUCUUCCCGCUCUGAUGCUGGACUUCUUUACCUCUUCUCUCACUUCUCAGGUGGCAGCUCCUCCUCUCACUCUGUAAGCCUCAAUGUUGGCCAUGCCUUUAAUUCCUUUAGAGAUUAUAACACGUGUUUUCUCCCCUUCUGUUUGGAUAAAAAGAAGGUGGAUCCCUCAAAAGUCGUCACCCUGGAGGCUGCUGCGAAGCCGGAGCCGCCGCCGGCUGCACAGGAAGAGAAGAAACCCGCCGCAAAAACCCCCUUCCUCUCCCUCUUCAAGCCUAAAGUAAGGAUCAUUUAGAGGUCUCACAGAUAUCUCAAAUUCUGAGCAUGAAUUGUGACUGUAAUACUAAACAGACAGUAACAGAUCGAUGUGAAUUUGAGGUACUGUUAGACAACAUGACAACAAAAGUCCAGGCAGCCUCCACAAGUGGAGUUCGGUUCCUCAGGAGAACAGCUGGAGUGGUAAAUAAAGUCAAACUAUGACUGCUUGAUUAACCGGCGUACUUUCAUUUAAUACAUAUCUGGUUUUGAACCUGCUCUAAAACCACCGUUUUUGGCUGAAGUGUUGACACGAUGCUUCUGUGAUUAUCCCUCAUACUCAUAAUGUUGCUGUGACACUUUUUCCUAACUCUCUGAUUGGUUCAUCUUAAUGUUGCUGCAUGUUUGACAUCCGGGUGAAAGAGACUUUGGGUGAAGACGCUGGAAUGAUUCUGUUAUUCAUUCGCGACGCUUUCAGGCUGCUGACCCCAAGAAGGAGACCCCUGCCCCCGCUGCGGCGCCAGCCGAGCCCGCUCCGUCAGCCAAAGCCAAAGAGGAACCGAAAGCGGCGGCCAAGUCUUCAGAGGCGGCCCCGGAAAACAAACCGGCUGCUGCAGCUCCGCCAGCUGAAGAAAGUGCGCCCAAGAAAGUGGAGAAGAAGAACUCCAUGCAGUCAUUCUUUAAGAGUCUGGUAAGAAAGCAGCAUUAAGAGGAGAAACCUGUCCUAUCAGGGUAUGUCCACUAGAUGGCAGCAGCACCUCAAAACUAAAGGUGUGGGCUGGAGUUCAGAUCACACCGGUUUUAAUCACCUACAGCUGAGGUAUACGACUUCAAUUAGAGGCAAGGGAUGCAGCUUCACCAAAUUAUACAGCAGAGUGGGAAAAACUUAUAAGUCUAGUUGGAGAUUUUCUCCAAAUAUACAAAUUUUAGGAACUAAAAGUGAAAUUUUACAAAACUAAAAGGAAAAACAUAAACUAUUUCUUGCUCCUUUGUUUGCUUAAACAUGCCUAAGAAAAGUCUUCAAACAAAAAAAAUCUCAUUAUCCUGAAUUUUGUUAAUCAAAUUGAUAAUUUAUGAAUAAUUUUAUAUGAAAAAAGCAAAAACAGGGCUGUUUGUUCAGCUGCUUGGCUGAGAUCUACCCCCCAACACCUGUUUCAGGUGUAAAAAUUCUUUUAAUCUUGUCUCCGGUGGGUUUUUUCUGAUUUUGAACAUCAUAAAAAGGCAUCAGUAUGAAUUUCAUCACAAUAACAGUUUCUCACAGGAGCUUAAGAGAAGAAGAGUACGCAAAAUUAAGUGCAGAUUUGAAGAUGUUGGAUAUUUUCAAUACUCUGCUGCAUGUCCUUCCCAACUCUCUGCUCUGCUUUUACGCACACUGCAGCAAAUCUUGCAGAAAGAGACACAACACCGCCACUGUUUUGUGCAUCCCUAUCUCUGCGUACUAACACUGAUGUCCUUUUGAAUUUCAGGGUCAGAAACGUAACUCGACAGACGCCGGGGUCCAGACAGAGGCAGCAGUAGCUGAGAAGGCCAAAUGA